AUGAUAUUUUUCUUUGAAAUACCAGAAAUUAAGGAUAACGUGAAUAUAGAAUAACUAGCUAAGCCUGAAGCUAAAGCAGAUUAACAAGCAUAGCAAUACCUUAAUCAUGUGGAUUCAUUAAGAAAUUAGUAUAAAAAUGUUAUGACAAAAGAAAAAAUCAUUGAAAUCAUGAAAUUAAAUGAUGGUAUCCUUAACUACAAGAAAAUAUUUGAUGAUUAUCUAAAGACAAACGUUGAAGUGUUGGCACUUGUAGGCUUUAGAUAAUACAAUGUCCCUAGCUUUAAAUACAAAACAUUUAUUUCAAAAAACAUAUAAGAAUACACAACAAACUAAAAUUCAAAUUAGGAAGCAUGCGCAGCAGAAAUAAUGAUGGCUAGGUAUUCUUAUGCAUUCAGCUUUUAACUAGAUGCAUUCCCUCACUUAAACUACGUUCUCUAAAACAUUCAUAAUACAUUCAACUUAACUUAAGAAUAUAAAGAAAUGAAUAAGUUCAUCGCUGAACUCGAUACAGCUAUUGAGACUUUUAAAACUGGAAUUUAACCUAUAGAAAGAUUAUAUAAUGUGAUCAAUGAUGUUUUAUAUUUCUUGGUCUAAAGAUAACAAUUUUUGAUUCCAGAGUUCAAAUAAACCGUUUUCUAUUCUGUCAAAUUAAUAUUAGAAACUAGUGUUAACUCUUUAUAUGCUGAAAAAUUAAGAUUGUAAAAAGACUUCAAAGGAUUGAGUUAGAUUUGCAGAGCUUCUUUUACAAAAUUAACUUAAGCUCAUUCUAGAUUUUUAGAAAUAAAACAAGAAAUUAGAGAUGAUAUUAUGGUAUUUUUAGAAUCUGCCCUUCUAUUCUGGAAAGGCUAUGGUUUAUGGGCUUUACUCAAUUUACAUUAAUAAGAUAUUGAAUAUGAUCGUUUUAAAGCUAAGAGCUUUACCUAACUUUCUUAUGAAGUUACAGAAAUUUCAAAAUAUAUCAAAGAGUAGCUUCUUCCAUAAUACAAUGGAUUAAAACUAGAUACUGAUUAUUUUGAUUACGGAUAUGGAAUUCUCAAGCAAUUGGUCCUCCCAUAAUGUGAAAGAUGUUUAGCAGUACACAAUUUAUAAAGACAUAAUGAAGUCAUAGUUCUAACACCAGAUUAAAUAUAUGCAUAAGUAGAACCUAAAGAUGACUUUGUCCUUGCUUAAAAAUGA